CAGCUAACGGCUAGCUAGUGGAGCUAUGAUGGCGGAGCUGGUGCAGGGACAGGCCUCGAUGAACCAGCCGGGGCUGAAGUCAGACGGCCUAGCCGAUGUUUUACAGAGGGCCCGGCAGAUGGUGGGAAAGAUGGGUGGAGAAGCCAUGUCCCACCUCAACAGCUCCUCAGGAAGCGUCGAGCCCUCGCUGUACUACCCCGGCCAGAAACGACCCGGAGAGGACGGAGUAGGUAACCAGCUAGCAGCCAUGGGGCAUCAAAGCAGGGUAAUCACAGAGGAUUACAAGGUCCCCGACAGGAUGGUUGGCUUCAUUAUUGGACGAGGAGGUGAACAGAUCACCAGGAUCCAGUUGGAGUCUGGCUGCAAGAUCCAGAUUGCUGCUGACAGCGGCGGUCUCAUGGAGCGGCCAUGUUCCCUGACUGGAACUCCAGAGAGCAUCGAGCAGGCGAAGCGGCUGCUGGUCCAGAUCGUGGAUCGCUGUAGAAAUGGUCCGGGUUUCCACGGCGACGGGGAAGGCGGUGCCUCCGUGCAGGAGAUGCUGAUCCCGGCCAGUAAGGUGGGGCUGGUGAUCGGCCGGGGCGGAGACACCAUCAAGCAGCUGCAGGAGAGAGCGGGCGUGAAGAUGAUGAUGAUCCAGGACGGGCCGAUGCCGACGGGAGCCGACAAACCUCUCCGCAUCUCUGGAGACCCGUACAAAGUGCAGGCAGCGCGAGAGCUGGUGUUGGAGGUGAUCCGGGAGAAGGACGGAGACUUUAGGUCGGGUCGCAACGACUUCAGCGCCCGAUUGGGAGGAACCAACCUGGAUUCUGUCCCUCUGCAGGUUCCAGUUCCACGGUUUGCUGUUGGCAUCGUGAUUGGCAGGAAUGGAGAAAUGAUCAAGAAGAUCCAGAAUGAUGCAGGAGUGCGGAUCCAGUUUAAAGCAGAUGAUGGCAUCAGCCCAGAGCGAGUUGCCAUGGUGAUGGGUCAGCCAGACCGCUGCCAGCAUGCUGUCCACCUCAUCAAUGAACUAAUCCAGACUGCACAGGAGCGUGAUGGGUUUGGCUCCGCCCUGCGGGGUGGGAGGGUCAGAGGUCGUGGUGAUUGGACUAUGGGCUCUCCUGGUCCGCUACAGGAAGUGACCUACACCAUCCCCGCUGACAAGUGUGGCCUGGUCAUCGGCAAAGGUGGAGAAACCAUUAAAAGUAUUAACCAGCAGUCUGGAGCUCACGUGGAGCUGCAGAGGAACCCUCCCCCCUCCACCGACCCCAACACCCGGGUCUUCACCAUCAGAGGCACCGCCCAGCAGAUGGACCUGGCCCGCCAACUUAUAGACGACAAGAUCGGGGGCUCAGGUAUUAUGAGUAAUGGAGGUUUUGGCUUCAGUCCCUUCACCCAGGGCCCUGCUGCACACCAGAACUGUGGCAGUGGUCAGACCUUCCUGACUGGAGUUUGGGGAAACACCUACCAGACCAGCUGGCAGAACCCUGGACAACAAGACCCUGGUCAGCAGAGUCAGCCUCAGAGCUUGAUGACAGACUACAGUAAGGCCUGGGAGGACUACUACAAGAAACAAAGUCAGUCGUCUCAGCAGAGUUCAGUGCCAGACUACACUGCAGCGUUAGCAGAAUACUACAGACAGCAGCCCUACCUGUGGAACCCCGCCCAGAUACAGGAUCACUAGAGGCUCCUCCCUCACUGGCGAAGGCCUCGGAUGGUCGUCGACGGCAACUGAGUCGGGGUUUCCUAGCAACGCUCUGCCGCUUCCUCCUUCCUUUUGUAGAGAAAAACUAAGGAUUAACUGAAAAAUCACGAACUCUUUUCUUUCUGUUUUUUAACCUUACAAAGUUGAUAUUUUGUCGGGCAGAUUUUUUUGGACUAGCCUCUGGUCUCUCCACAGUGUAGACCUGAUUUUUCUUUUUGUUUUGUUUUUUAUCAAACUUGAACUUAAAGAUGUAUCAGUGUGGCUUUGAACAAAAAAAAUCCAGUAUAAUCUAUAUUUUGUCUAGUUUUAUUUUCCAAUAAGAAAACGGUAUAAGGCUUAGCAGUCUUGAGUAAGAAAAUCAGAUAUUAUUAUUAUUAUUAUUUUGUUUAUGAUAAUGUUUUAAAGCAUGCGUCAGAUUGUGUGUGUUGGCUUUUUUUUUUCUUUUUUUUGUGGCAUAGAAAUAUUUUAAUAGCGUCAGAUGGAAAUUUAAUGUUUUACCGUCAGAGACAAAACUGUUUUUUGUACUAAAUUUGUGCUCGCUGGGUCUGUUUGUUCUCGAUCUAAUUUUACCUGUUCAGUCGCCAUCUUGGAGGUGCAAUGAUGCGUUUAUUGUUUUCUUUUGGUUUGAUGAUAGUUCUUAUACCUGUAUCUCUAUAGUGAUUCUUUAGUUUUUAUUAUGAUGUAAAGAUGAAUAAAUGACGAUUUAUA